AUGCCAAUUGCUGCGCUGCCACCUUCAACGGCCCAGGCAAUUGGCUCAACUUCGGUCCUGUCGGACCCCUGUGCCGUGGUUAAAGAGCUCCUGGAUAACGGGCUGGACGCAUCAGCAACGUCUAUAUCAGUGGAGAUCUCGCAGAAUACUAUCGAUAUCAUUCAAGUUAAAGACAACGGACAUGGCAUUGUGCCUGAUGACUUUGACUAUGUAUGCAAACGUGCGUACACGAGCAAGAUCCAGACUUUGGAUGACUUGAGAAAUGUGGGUGGCCAGUCGUUGGGCUUUCGCGGCGAAGCGCUGGCUAGCGCCGCUGAAAUGGCGGAUACACUUACCAUGACGACGAGGACAAAAGCGGAGGUCGUAGGGUCCGCGUUAAAGUAUGAUAGGAAAGGGGAUCUAGUUAGUAGUACCGACAAAACAUCUCAUCCUGUGGGCACCACAGUGUGUGUGACAGGCUUCUUGAAAAACAUUCCCGUCAGACGGCAGACUGCAGUUAAGAAUGCUGCCAAGACAAUUGUCAAAAUAAAAAGGCUGCUCCAGGCAUAUGCAAUUGCCCGGCCUUGCACGAGACUUUCAUUCAAAGUCCUGAAGAGUAAAAGUGAAAAGGAUAACUGGACGUAUGCCCCGGUGUCAAAUGCAGAUAUCGGCGAUGCAGCACGAAAGGUCGUUGGCGUUGAAGCCGCUGGCCAGUGCUUUUGCAGGCUAUGGCCUGAUAACAACGGCCAUGGCGCAGACGAAUCUACAAGACUAGUCGCCUAUUUACCAAAAUCAGAUGCCGAUUUCACCAAGGUGGGUGGCUCUGGUCAAUAUCUUUCUGUAGAUGGCCGCCCUUUAUCGUCGGCGAGAGGUACGCCGAAAGACAUUGUUCGAUUAUUCAAAUCAUAUAUUUGCUCUGCUUCAAAAGCUAGUGGUCAUUCGGCAUUGUCUAAUCCGUUUCUCUGCCUUCAAAUAACAUGUCCGAAGGGCAGCUAUGACGCCAAUGUUGAACCUUCCAAGGAUGAUGUCUUGUUUGCAGAGCGGGAGGACCUUGUUGCGCUGUCAGAAGGUCUGUUCAAGGAGAUUUACGGUGACUUGGACAAGGAGGUCAGGAGUGUGAAUGAGUCCGUCGCUCCUGUCAAUGAUUUCACUCUCUUAAUGCGGAAGCCUGCGGUGCAGCCACCGAUGUCUCCACCAGCGACCGACCUGCGGGUUUCGGGCACUCGAGAUAUUCCAUGGACUACUAUCACGCCACAAAGCAGUGCUCCGAUUCCAUUGCAAGAACGAGUAGGCUUGUCUGAAAUGGAGAGUGAUGCGAUGGAACCGGAGAGUAGCAACAUGAAUCCUUGGACCAUUGCCAAAACGCAUUUCUUUCAUCGUCCAUCAAAUUCGAACAGAACAAACCAUUUGAGCACACCGAUUCGAUGUGAUCGAGGGAGAAACCCAAAAGACAUGAGGAUUGAGAUCACCCAAUCAAGCCCUUCAACCGUCCCCAGUCCAGAUUCUCAUGCUUCGUCGCCAGAGCAAAGACGUGGUUCAAGGUCCAGCAGUACUUCAGAAUCCGCAGAAAGCCGCCAAAGACUGCGUGUGUACACCAAGGGCUCCCGAGAGCGUGAUAGAGAGCGUUACGGCAACGGAUCGCUUGAUACAUGGUUUACAAAGCAAAACCAGCCUAUUCUAUCUGGGACAUCGCGAACAGAACACUCAGACCAGGACGGGGCAGAGAGUGUCAUGCUUGAUGAUCUCGAUACCGAUGAUGUUUUUGAACCGCCAUCAAAAAUCAUAAAUAAGCCAUUCAAACUGCCUCUCUCGGCGGGUGGACGAAGUUCUAAAGCCCCAGAGUUAUUUUUCACGCAACUCUCGACUCCAGAUGAGACCCCUUCAGACACCGAGACACGAGAGAGACGACAAGAGUUUCCAGUUAUGGAAGAGUGGUCAUCCCGGCUUCAUCAACCUUCUCCCGAUCUCAGCCAAAGCCAGAGCCAGGUUUCUGAUAGCCAGGAAACUGAAAUAGCCCUCGAUUUUGAACGCAGAAAGCGCGAGGCAACCCUAGCUCGCCGAAAGCAGCUGCAAAAUGGCCAGCUUUGUUUGACCCCAGCGAGUAGCCAGUCGAAAUCACCACAUCAGAAUCGGUAUCUAGCUGCGCGGGCCGCUCUUUCUACGUCUUCUCAGAAGCAAAAUCAGAUCGAUUUACUGCCACCGGGAAACAAAUCCUCUUUAAACGGGGAAGCGCCAUUAGCUGAUAGCGAUCCUCGCGCAUACCUAAUGCGUGUUAAUUCCGAACUUGAAAAGGAUGGAUCAACUUCUGGCGAGCCCAGAAAGGCCAAACGCACACUUACAAACCGCCUGCCGUUUGAAAAGAUACCUGGCGGGUGUGAUAAUCAUAGCCUCGCAUUGCACCUUUGUAUCCCUUCAGGACCGGAUCUAUCCCAAGAAUGUAGGUUGAUCACGGCAGUCGACACUUAUGCUUCUUCAGGGAAAGAACUCGGCGCAUUCACUCAGCAGGAAACCUCCGAUCUUGCUAAAACAUGCAAGACUUGGGAAGACAGGAUUUCUCGUCUUGUUAAGGAAAAAUAUAGAAUGCGCGAUGUCGACCUAUACGGGGCUGAGGGCGGGUCUGAUGAGGUCUGUCUGGGAGACAUCGACAUAUAUGCCGCUAUCCAGGCAUCGUCAUUUUCUAACAUGUGA